GCAGCUGCCGCAGCAGAGGCAGCAUCCAGCAGCAGUGCCAGCAGUUCCAGCUGGUUGCUUUACUUUUGCUUCACGAACAUAGUCAUUGUGCCGAAGAGAAAGUCUCCAAAGAAUGCAGAGGGCAAAGAUGGAUCCAAAAUAACUAACCAGGAGCCCACAAGACGGUCUGCCAGAUUGUCAGCGAAACCUGCUCCACCAAAACCUGAACCCAAACCAAGAAACACAUCUUCUAAGAAAGAACCUGGAGCAAAGAUUAGCAGAGGUGCUAAAGGGGAGAAGGAGGAAAAGCAGGAAGCUGGAAAAGAAGGCACAGAAAACUGAAUCUGUGGAUAACAAGGGAGAAUGAAUUGUCAUGAAAAAUUGGGGUUGAUUUUAUGUAUCUCUUGGGACAACUUUUAAAAGCUAUUUUUACCAAGUAUUUCGUAAAUGCUAAUUUUUUAGGACUCUACUAGUCAGCAUACAAAAAUCUAUAAGGAUGGACAUUUUACCCUCUCAUAGUCAUGCUUUUUAGAAAUUUACAUCAUCCUCAAGUAAAAUAAAUACCAGUUUCAUAUUGGAAGCUG